AUGGCGGGACGCCUUGGCAGCCUUGUUCUGCUUGGAGCGGCGACCUGGGCGACCUGGGCCUUCUGUCCCCCUCUGGGUCGACGACCGCCGUUGUCGUCGCGUCCGUCGCGUCCCAGCCGGGUCCCGCGGGCGGAUCGGCUGUUCGACUCGGAGACCGGGGUGUUCAAGGCGGAAACGAAUAUCAAGGUGCGCUUGGCCGCGGACAUCAACGCGCCGACGCUGGCGGGUGCCGAGAGCAAGAAGCUGAAGAGUGGCGAGUGGGUCUCGGUGAUCAAAGCGGGGGAGUUCUUUCAGGCCUCAGAGCUCAAGCAGAAGGCCGAAGAUGGGCAGACCUAUCUGAAGUUGGCCGACCAAGACGGCUGGGUCUUUGGCAAGGGCAUCGCAGGCGAAUGGCGGGGAAAGGACAUUGUGGUGCCAGUCGCGGAGGCGGAUGUGAUCAAUGCCAAGGCCAAAAUCGUGGCGAACACCAUGGAGCGGCAACUGAUCCGAGAUGAUUCCGACAAGUUCGCCCUGUAUGUGACCCGAUCUGGAGUUGAGGACUUUUGA